UUAAUUAUUGCUUAAUAAUUACUUCACUUUUGUUUUGAGGCGACCUCGGCCUCGGACAAAGCGGGUUACCUGGCUCACGUCCGGGAGGCAGCCCGGUUCCAAAUCGAAUGCAAUCAACUUUCAGCCGGUGCAAAACACGGCUCAACGGGCGCACUGGCGAGAUUAAUCGAACCCCUCACUCUCCCCCGCGCUUUUAACAUGUUGUGAUGGUGGUAGGAUGUUAAGAUAGCUACCCUUAUUAAGUAAGGGUGUCCCAUUUAAGCAGCUAUUUGUGUUACUUCUGAUAAUAUUCACAAUCUGAAUCAAAGCUAACAGUAUGUCCGGGGUGAUUCGGAGACUCGAUGAGACCGUUGUUAAUCGGAUUGCUGCUGGAGAAGUUAUCCAACGUCCUGCAAAUGCUAUCAAAGAAUUGCUUGAAAACUGUUUAGAUGCCAAGUCCACCAACAUACAGGUGACUGUGAAGGAGGGGGGUCUGAAACUUAUCCAGAUACAAGACAAUGGCACUGGCAUCAGGAAAGAAGAUAUGGAGAUAGUAUGUGAACGGUUUACAACAAGCAAGCUCCAGACUUUUGAGGACCUCAACGCCAUCUCGACCUAUGGUUUCCGAGGAGAGGCACUUGCCAGUAUAAGCCAUGUUGCCCAUGUGACCAUAACAACCAAAACGGCUGACGCCAAGUGUGCUUACAGAGCCACCUACUGCGAUGGGAAACUAAAGACCCAACCCAAACCCUGCGCUGGAAACCAGGGGACACAGAUCACUGCGGAGGAUCUGUUUUAUAACGUGUCCACCAGGAGGAAAGCACUGAAGAGCCCCAGUGAGGAGUACUCCAGGAUUGUGGAGGUGGUGAGCAGGUAUGCUAUACACAACUCUGGGAAAAGCUUUGCUGUCAAAAAGCAAGGUGAGACCAUGGCUGACGUCAGGACCCUACCCAACGCCUCCAUACUGGAUAAUAUCCGUGUGGUGUUCGGCAAUACAGUCAGCAGGGAGCUGAUUGAAGUGGGCUGUGAGGAUCAGAAGCUUGCCUAUAAGCUGAAGGGCCACAUCUCCAAUGCCAACUACUCAGUGAAGAAGUGCAUCCUCAUCCUCUUCAUCAAUCAUCGUCUGGUUGAAUCGAGUGCCUUAAAAAAAGCCAUUGAGACCGUUUAUGCUGCAUACCUUCCCAAGAACUCUCACCCAUUUCUAUAUCUCAGCCUGGAGAUUGCCCCUCAUAACAUCGACGUGAAUGUCCACCCUACCAAACACGAGGUGCACUUCCUCCACGAAGACUGUAUCAUCGAGAGCGUUCAAAAACAGAUAGAGAGCAAACUCCUGGGCUCCAACUCCUCACGCACGUACUUCACACAGACAUUGCUGCCUGGGCUGUCUGUCUCCACCAGCGAGGGGAAGUCUUCCUCCAACUCCACGGGGGACAGUGAGCGGGUCUACGCACAUCAGAUGGUCAGGACCGACAGUAGAGCCCAAAAGCUGGACUCCUUUCUCCAGCCGGCGUCCAAGCUGGCCCCUACUCCCACCGCCAACCCUAAUGGGCAGAGCAGGGGGGAACCUGUGACCACCAAUGACAUGGAAGAGAUGGACAACGCAGAGAUCCUGGAGGAACAGGCGCCAGGUGCCACAGAGGAUGGGGAGGGAACCAGCCGAAAUACCCCAGCUGAUCUCCCCAGGAAGCGUCCCCGUGCCGGUGAGGACGAGGAGCAGGAGAACCUGACUGCUGCAGCCACAACCAGGAGACGAGCCAUCAAGCUGAGCAGUGUGAAGGAGCUGAGAGAUGACAUCACUGAGCACGCACACAAAGGUCUUCAAGAGAUGCUUCAGAAUCACUCGUUUGUGGGCUGUGUCAACCCCCAGUGGACUCUGAUCCAGCACCAUACCAAACUGUACCUUCUCAACACCACCAAACUCAGCCAGGAGCUAUUCUACCAAAUUUUGAUCUACGACUUCGGUAACUUUGGCAUCUUGAGGUUAUCUGAGCCUGCGCCACUCUAUGACCUGGCCAUGCUGGCUCUGGACUCCGAGGAGAGCGGCUGGUCGGAGGAGGACGGGCCCAAGGAGGGUCUGGCCCAAUACAUAGUCGACUUCUUGAAGAAGAAAUCUGAGAUGCUGGAGGACUACUUCUCCAUGGAGAUCGACCAGGAAGGAAAUCUCACCGGUUUGCCAUUGCUGCUUGACAAGUACACCCCUCCUAUGGAGGGUCUGCCCAUGUUCAUCCUACGUUUGGCUACUGAGGUGAACUGGGACAAUGAGAAGGACUGCUUCAGAGACUUCAGCAAGGAGUGCAGCCAGUUCUACUCUAUCAGGAAACAGUAUGUCCUGGAGCCGGGAGAGGAGGAGCAGGAUGCAGAGCUGAACUCGUGGCGUUGGAAGGUGGAGCAUCUCCUGUUUAAAUCCUUCCGGAGCCUCUUCAGUCCCCCUAAACACUUCAGUGAGGAUGGCAGCGUACUCCAGAUUGCUAAUCUACCAGACCUCUACAAAGUAUUUGAGCGAUGCUAAGACAUGAGAAACACUGUCCAUGGGCUGCAUGUCUGUUUCGAGAAACCAUUUGAUAUACAGUCUACAUACCUUAGCCAAAUACAUUUAAAUUUAAAGUUUUUCACAGUUCCUGACAUUUAAUCCUAGUAAGAAUCCCUGUUUUAGGUCAGUUAGGAUUACCACUUUAUUUUAAGAAUGUGAAAUUUCAGAAUAAGUGUAGAGUGAUUUACUUUUUCAUCACAUUCCCAGUGGGUCAGAAGUUUACAUAAACAAUUAAGGUAAUUCUAAUUGAGUGUAACUUGGUUCAAACGUUUCAGCUAGCCUUCCACAAGCUUCCCACAAUAAAUUGGAUACAUUUUGGGUUAUUCCUCCUGACAGAGCUGGUGUUACUGAGUCAGGUUUGUAGGCCUCCUUGCUCGCACACCCUUUUUCAGUUCUGCCCA